UCUCUCUCUGGUCUCUGCAGCUAGUUGAAAAGUCCCUCCUUAUCCCAACACCUUCUCUCCUCCCCCUUCUGCCACAGUCGAAUCUCCGAUCAACGUGUAUUUUGCCGGAAGAGCAUCGACACCGGAAAAAAUGGCCAACGCUGCAUCUGGUAUGGCUGUUCAUGAUGACUGUAAGCUGAAGUUUCUGGAGUUGAAAUCAAAGCGAACAUACCGGUUCAUUGUCUACAAGAUCGAAGAGAAGCAGAAGCAAGUCAUUGUGGAGAAGCUUGGUGAGCCAUCCCAAAGCUAUGAGGAUUUUGCUGCAAGCCUUCCUGCGGAUGAAUGCAGAUACGCUGUCUAUGAUUUCGAUUUCGUCACCUCAGAGAACUGCCAAAAGAGCAGGAUCUUUUUCAUCGCAUGGUCACCGGACACGUCGAGGGUGAGGAGCAAGAUGAUAUACGCGAGCUCAAAAGACAGGUUCAAGAGAGAGCUUGACGGUAUUCAGGUGGAGUUGCAAGCGACUGAUCCUACCGAGAUGGGCCUCGACGUCAUCAAAAGCCGUGCUAAUUGAGAAGAAUCCCUCCUCGAGGCCUGUAGAAUUGUCACUUGAUGAUUCCUGUCUAUUGCUACCACCACCCAUCCUCUUUACAUUAAUGUCUUUACAUUAAUGUCUUUGAACAUCAUAUUGUGCUCUCUUUACAUGCAUCAUCAUCAUCAUUAUGUUCUUGUGAUUCCUAUCUGAAUGCUUGCUUCAUAAAACUAGAUGUGGUAUUAUGUU